AGUGCUGGCUCCAACUUUCGACGUGAGUUCACGCCGGGUCCUUCGAAGCCUUUGGGCUUUUCCACUUUUUUUCGAAAGCAUGCUUCUUGGCGGACUGAAUGUGCCACGCCUCGUGAGCAACUGCAACAGUCCUUCCAGGCGGCCGGUCGGUUUGGGCCACUGGCCGGUGUGGAAAGCCGGCCGUCUUCGGUGCUGCUUCGGUGGUGACCUUCAGGGGUGUGGCAGGAGUCCAAUGCCGCUUCUUGCUCUGGAGCUUCAUCUUUGGAGAGUCAUCUCAAGUCAUCCAUAACUUAAGACCAAAACUUUGGUCUAAAGGUAGAAGUUCCCAACUCCCUCCCGCCAGACUGUUAGGAUCACUCUCUGUUCUGUCCUGCGCCUUCUCUAUAGGGCAUCCAACAGGGCGACGGCAACAACCCGCCGCUUGGCAGAUGGCAGGGGGCUUGUUGAAGGGGGUUUGCCGUCCUAUCUGGUGGAGUGGGAUGGUCCAAUCAACCCCUUUUGGGUGGGGCGGAGUCCUUGAUUUGUCCGAAGUGUCCAGCUUCCGAGGUGCAGCAUUUUGGGAAGAGAUGGUGAUGAUUUCGAUGACUGUUUCAGGGAGUGUAGCUUCUAAGCUUCUGCCAAGUUAUAGGGGCCUGGUGAGCCUCUAUCUCUCUCUCUCUAUCCUUUUCAGUUUCUGAGUCCUCCGGGCCACGGAUGUAGUCUGGCUGUGUGUUCGUGCAAAUUCUGAGUACAUCCAGUGGUAGGCAACCAGAGCAAGAGUUCCAAACAUUCAAACUGUAGAAAGUCCGGUUCCUUCAUGCUCCUAGAAAAGUCUUACAUCUUAGCUGAGGUCUACUGGGGUUGCACCUUCAACAAAAACAACAUAAGGCAUGAGUCGCCUCGGUCCCAGGGAUCUUGGGACUCAUGGCGUUUCUGUCCAUGGGCGAGGGUUGGAGGUGAGCUGAUGUUUCAGCACUUUAAUGUGGACUCUUGAUGAAAAGACCACCUCAAGCCUGAAGAGAUCUGAAGAGGUUUUUCAAUUCCACAUUGGGAGGGUUGGUUUGAUUCAUCAAGCGACUACAUUCAUAUGUUUCAAUGACAAUUGAGGUACCAAGCACGCCGGAGCAGAAAUGGUGUUAUGAUGUGUUGUGUUAGGCCCUUGUUUCUGAGUACCAACCCAUCGGGGAUGAACCCCGGUUGGGUGUUCGUGGCUGUUCUCCGGUCAUGGAGACUCUUGAUUACGACCUGACCCCUCCCCAGUUGGAUUGAGAAACCUCAUGCACACGCGUUUGCCGGGUUUCCGUGACGGAACUGAGCGUUGUUUUUCGACGAACGGAGCAUUGUUGACUCAUGUGCAAGCGGUGCAAACAUGCGUGAUCAUGCGCGUAUGCAAUUAUAGUCUAUAGUCAUGUAUAAUACAUAUGUGUGAACUCUGUGUGUGUGUCAUGCAGAUGAUUUGUUGCUCUCUUUUUUCUCUGCCGGCUUCCGUGGGUGAUGCGUGACUUUUGAGCCUGUCCAAGGCCCACGCAGCAAAAUCAGCCCCAGCAGGGACUCCCACCAGAACAUGCGUUUGAUGUUCGAUCGAUGUGUGGCCCGGUCAAUGCAGUUUGGGAAGACGAGAACAACUCCGUUGAUGGGCUUGAGUUUUCGUGGCUUUCUAGGGUUCCAGGGGUUCCAAGGGUUGCCCAGGAGCCCCUAGUAGUGUCCUUGCUCCUAGUAGUAAGGCCAGCUCCUAGUAGCUUCUUGUUCCUAGUACACCCGAGUUUCCGCCAUUGCUCGACCGGUCCCUCUUUCAUCCUCCUUCGGUCCAGGCGGAUGCUCGCUGGGUGUUUGAACCUUGAGUGUCAGAAGUUCGAUGACAAAACGCGGUCCGACUGGAUGAAAUUGAUGGAGGCUCAUCGCCAGGCUGUCUCUCUGGCAAACCGAUUCGCCCUGCUGGAGGAGGCAUCCGACGAAGAGGCGCAGACCAGAAGUGUGGAGUGGAGAGGUUCUGGAUCUUCGACCGCGAGAGCCCGCGAUGGUGCUGGGCGAAGUGGGGAUCGCCUAGUCGCCUGA